AGUGGGCGGAGCACCAUGAUCAGUGGAAUCUUGAAGAGGAAACAUGAAGAGGGCCCCUCCUCACAUCUGUCCACGCCCGCCUCUGAUGAUGAGGUGUCCUGCAGUGACAGCGGCAACAGCAGUGACAGUCUCAACCACCCUGUGCCAUCUGGACUGCUUAACUCUUCUCUGCAGCAAAAGUCCAAGAGAUUUCGCGGUCGAAACGUGCACUUUGAGAACGUGACAGUGUACUACUUCGGGCGCAGACAGGGCUUCACCAGUGUGCCCACUCAGGGGGGCAGCACCCUGGGCAUGUCGCCCCGUCACAGCUGCGUCAAGAACUUCACCCUCCGGGAGUUCGCAAUGGAGCAAAAGCGCAGCCACCGCAACAUGCUCCGACACCACCUGAAAGAAGAGAAACUCAACGCCAUCAGACUCAAACUCACCAAGAAUGGCACGGAGUCCUCUGUGGAGGCGGACACCCUGACGUUAGACGACAUUUCUGUGGACGAGCUGGACGUGGACAACACUGAGGUGGAUGACUACUUCUUCCUGCAGCCGCUGACCACCAGGCGGCGCCGUGCUCUGCUCCGUGCCUCCGGGGUGAGGCGCAUCGACGUGGAGGAGAAACACGAGCUGCGCGCCCUGCGCCUGUCCCGGGAGGAGUGUGGGUGUCGCUGCAGGGGCAUGUGUGACCCGGAGACCUGUGCCUGCAGCCUGGCCGGCAUUAAGUGCCAGGUAAAUGGAUCUGUGGUGGACCGCAUGUCCUUCCCAUGUGGCUGCACCAAAGAGGGCUGCAGUAACACCACAGGUCGCCUGGAGUUCAACCCUGUGCGUGUCCGGACCCACUUCCUCCACACCAUCAUGAAGCUGGAGCUGGAGAAGAGCCGUGAGGAGCAACCACAUCACCGCCAGCAACCACUGCCGCCAGAACAUCAGCAGCAGCAGCUCGUAACCAACGGCAACGGUUUCCAUAGCGACCCCUCCUCUCUGGUCCAGACGCAGCAACAGCCGAACCUCCAGUUCCCUCUCAUGAUGCACCUCCAGAACGACACAACGGACCCCCAUUUGGAUGACGAGGAAGAGGAGGAUGAGGAUGAAGACGACGAAGAGGAAGAAGAGGAGGAUGAAGCCUAUGAGGACGAGGAGGAUGGAAGUAGUGUUUGCAGUGGCCUUUCAGACUGUAGCACGCACAGUUUAGACACCAAUGACCCAGAGGAAGGAGAGGACAGUGAGGAAGAGGAGGAUGAGGAGGAUGACGAUGGAGAAGAGGAGGAAGAGGACGACUGGGACUGCCCUUUACAAAGCACAAACGCACCUCCAUACCCAGUCCCUCUCCCGUCUAUUCUGACCUACUCUAACAAUGCACUAACAAGUCCCCCCUUCUCUUACAACAGAGACAGUGAAAACCACCCCACUCUCCCCACUGUGGACACAGCUCUAAACUCCGAUCAGGGCGUCCCGUGCCGUCUCCCUCCCCACCCGCUUCCCAACUCCCCAAAUCUCUCACAUGCACAGCUACGUGAGGGCGAAGCUGCCUCUAGUGGUGAACAUUCUGCACUGCUCCAGAACAAUCCAGACUGGUGUGACUCACAAACUGAAAAUGUGGCCAAGGAGCAGACAGGGGAGGAAGAAGGAGAGACUUUGGAAGAAACCAAUCAAAACGCAACUUAGAAUCCUUUACAAAUGUGAUGUUCGAUAAGUGCACUUCCAUAUGGAGCUAACAGACCAUGAGUGGCACACAAAAUGAUCCAAUUUUAUCUUUGUUGGUUUUAAACAAAAUACUUGGUCAAUAACCUUUGUUGU